AUGGAAUCUGGGAGAAGGGGAUGGAAUCUGGGAGAAGGGGAUGGAAUCUGGGAGAAGGGGAUGGAAUCUGGGAGAAGGGGAUGGAAUCUGGGAGAAGGGGAUGGAAUCUGGGAGAAGGGGAUGGAAUCAGGGAUAAGGGGAUGGAAUCUGGGAGAAGGGGAUGGAAUCUGGGAGAAGGGGAUGGAAUCUGGGAGAAGGGGAUGGAAUCUGGGAGAAGGGGAUGGAAUCUGGGAGAAGGGGAUGGAAUCUGGGAGAAGGGGAUGGAAUCUGGGAGAAGGGGACGGAAUUUGGGACAAGGGGAUGGAAUCUGGGAAAAGGGUAUGGAAUCAGGGAGAAGGGGAUGGAAUCUGGGAGAAGGGGAUGGAAUCUGGGAGAAGGGGAUGGAAUCAGGGAGAAGGGGAUGGGAUCUGGAAGAAGGGGAUGGAAUCUGGUAGAAGGGGAUGGAAUCGGGGAGAAGGGGAUGGAAUCUGGGAGAAUGGGAUGGAAUUUGGGAGUAGGGGAUGGAAACUGGGAGAAGGGGAUGAAAUUUGGGAGAAGGGGAUGGAAUUUGGGAGAAGGGGAUGGAAUCAGGGAGAAGGGGAUGGAAUCGGGGAGAAGGGGAUGGAAUUUGGGACAAGGGGAUGGAAUUUGGGAGAAGGGUAUGGAAUCAGGGAGAAAAUAUGGAAUGUGGGAGAAGGGGAUGGAAUCUGGGAGAAGGGGAUGGAAUCUGGGAGAAGGGGAUGGAAUCUGGGAGAAGGGGAUGGAAUCUGGGAGAAGGGGAUGGAAUCUGGGAGAAAGGGAUGGAAUCAGGGAGAAGGGGAUGGAAUCUGGGAGAAGGGGAUGAAAUUUGGGAGAAGGGGAUGGAAUCUGGGAGAAGGGGAUGCAGUCAGAGAAAAGGGGAUGGAAUCGGGGAGAAGGGGAUGGAAUCAAAGAGAAGGGGAUGGAAUUUGGGAGAAUGGGAUGGAUUUGGGAGAAGGAGAUGGAAUCUGGGAGAAGGGAAUGGAAUCUGGGAGAAGGGGAUGGAAUCUAGGAGAAGGGGAUGGAAUCUGGGAGAAGGGGAUGGAAUCUGGGAGAAGGGGAUGGAAUCUGGGAGAAGGGGAUGGAAUCAAGGAGAAGGGGAUGGAAUCUGGGAGAAGGGGAUGGAAUCUGGGAGAAGGGGAUGGAAUCUGGGAGAAGGGGAUGGAAUCUGGGAGAAGGGGAUGGAAUCAGGGACAAGGGAGAAGGGGAUGGAAUCGGGGAGAAGGGGAUGGAAUUUGGGACAAGGGGAUGGAAUUUGGGAGAAGGGUAAGGAAUCAGGGAGAAAAUAUGGAAUGUGGGAGAAGGGGAUGGAAUCUGGGAGAAGGGGAUGGAAUCUGGGAGAAUGGGAUGGAAUAUGGGAGAAGGGGAUGGAAUCUGGGAGAAGAGGAUGGAAUCUGGGAGAAGGGGAUGGAAUCUGGGAGAAGGGGAUGGAAUCAGGGAGAAGGGGAUGGAAUCUGGGAGAAGGGGAUGGAAUCUGGGAGAAGGGGAUGGAAUUUGGGACAAGGGGAUGGAAUUUGGGAGAAGGGUAUGGAAUCAGGGAGAAGGGGAUGGAAUAUGGGAGAAGGGGAUGGAAUAUGGGAGAAGGGGAUGGAAUCUGGGAGAAGGGGAUGGAAUAUGGGAGAAGGGGAUGGAAUCUGGGAGAAGAGGAUGGAAUCUGGGAGAAGGGGAUGGAAUCUGGGAGAAGGGGAUGGAAUCAGGGAGAAGGGGAUGGAAUCUGGGAGAAGGGGAUGGAAUUUGGGAGAAGGGGAUGGAAUCUGGGAGAAGGGGAUGGAAUCUGGGAGAAGGGGAUGGAAUCUGGGAGAAGGGGAUGGAAUCUGGGAGAAGGGGAUGGAAUUUGGGACAAGGGGAUGGAAUCUGGGAGAAGGGUAUGGAAUCAGGGAGAAGGGGAUGGAAUCUGGGAGAAGGGGAUGGAAUCUGGAAGAAGGGGAUGGAAUCUGGGAGAAGGGGAUGGGAUCUGGGAGAAGGGGAUGGAAUCUGGGAGAAGGGGAUGGAAUCUGGGAGAAGGGAUGGAAUCGGGGAGAAGGGGAUGGAAUCUGGGAGAAGGGGAUGGAAUUUGGGAGAAGGGGAUGGAAUCUGGGAGAAGGGGAUGGAAUCAGGGAGAAGGGGAUGGAAUCUGGGAGAAGGGGAUGGAAUUUGGGACAAGGGGAUGGAAUUUGGGAGAAGGGUAUGGAAUCAGGGAGAAGGGGAUGGAAUCUGGGAGAAGGGGAUGGAAUCUGGGAGAAGGGGAUGGAAUCUGGGAGAAGGGGAUGGGAUCUGGGAGAAGGGGAUGGAAUCUGGGAGAAGAGGAUGGAAUCUGGGAGAAGGGGAUGGAAUCGGGGAGAAGGGGAUGGAAUCUGGGAGAAGGGGAUGGAAUUUGGGAGAAGGGGAUGGAAUCUGGGAGAAGGGGAUGGAAUCAGGGAGAAGGGGAUGGAAUCUGGGAGAAGGGGAUGGAAUUUGGGACAAGGGGAUGGAAUUUGGGAGAAGGGUAUGGAAUCAGGGAGAAAAUAUGGAAUGUGGGAGAAGGGGAUGGAAUCUGGGAGAAGGGGAUGGAAUCUGGGAGAAUGGGAUGGAAUAUGGGAGAAGGGGAUGGAAUCUGGGAGAAGAGGAUGGAAUCUGGGAGAAGGGGAUGGAAUCUGGGAGAAGGGGAUGAAAUCAGGGAGAAGGAGAUGGAAUAUGGGAGAAGGGGAUGGAAUCUGGGAGAAGGGGAUGGAAUAUGGGAGAAGGGGAUGGAAUCUGGGAGAAGAGGAUGGAAUCUGGGAGAAGGGGAUGGAAUCUGGGAGAAGGGGAUGGAAUCAGGGAGAAGGGGAUGGAAUCUGGGAGAAGGGGAUGGAAUCUGGGAGAAGGGGAUGGAAUCUGGGAGAAGGGGAUGGAAUCUGGGAGAAGGGGAUGGAAUCUGGGAGAAGGGGAUGGAAUCUGGGAGAAGGGGAUGGAAUUUGGGACAAGGGGAUGGAAUCUGGGAGAAGGGUAUGGAAUCAGGGAGAAGGGGAUGGAAUCUGGGAGAAGGGGAUGGAAUCUGGGAGAAGGGGAUGGAAUCUGGGAGAAGGGGAUGGGAUCUGGAGAAGGGGAUGGAAUCUGGAAGAAGGGGAUGGAAUCUGGGAGAAGGGGAUGGAAUCGGGGAGAAGGGGAUGGAAUCUGGGAGAAGGGGAUGGAAUUUGGGAGAAGGGGAUGGAAUCUGGGAGAAGGGGAUGGAAUUUGGGAGAAGGGGAUGGAAUUUGGGGAGAAGGGGAUGGAAUCAGGGAGAAGGGGAUGGAAUCUGGGAGAAGGGGAUGGAAUCUGGGAGAAGGGGGUGGAAUCUGGGAGAAGGGGAUGGAAUCUAGGAGAAGGGGAUGGAAUCUGGGAGAAGGGGAUGGAAUCUGGGAGAAGGGGAUAGAAUCAGGGAGAAGGGGAUGGAAUCUGGGAGAAGGGGAUGGAAUCUGGGAGAAGGGGAUGGAAUCUGGGAGAAGGGGAUGGAAUCGGGGAGAAGGGGAUGGAAUCUGGGAGAAGGGAGGAAUCUGGGAGAAGGGGAUUGAAUUUGGGAGAAGGGGAUGGAAUCUGGGAGAAGGGGAUUGA